UGUCUUUAGAGACUGUUUGAUGUGGUUUCCUUGCAGUUUGUGUAGUUUGGAGAUGACUAGGUACAGUCAUGUACUCUUUCAAGAAGAGUGGAUGUGCUUCUAAGAAGCUAAGAGGACAUUUGAAGACAGUCUAUAAAUGACUGUAACUUUGGCUCAAGGAGCGGGACCGAAAAGGACGCGUUGCUACUGUGUUUUCACAUGAAGACCAUCAGGUAGCUAACUUCCUGUUUAUUGGGCAGUGAGUACAGUUGCAACGAUCUCGGUGGAGGCAAUUUGGUCAACGGUGAGCUCAAGUGAAUGCAGGUAUGAGGUUUGCUCCUUGCUGGCCUACUCUGUCCAGAAAAAGACUCCUACGGCGCAAAGUUCCUUCCAGCUCGUUGCCGCUGCUUUGAGUGCUUACAAAGACGAGAUAAAGUCACAGUAGUGAGGGACUCACCGUAUUCAAAACCCCAAGGAAGUUUGCAAUGUGCACAGUUGACCGAGCACUGGUGCCACAGCCCAGAGGGCAAGUCGUGGAGAGCAUAGCUCUUUGGGAUCGUUGGUCAAGCUUGCGAAAAUUGUGGCCUGCAGAGAGCAAGAUAGAGGUUUAAGGAAGGCAUAAGGUGGUGCCUCGACAGCUCAUGCCUCCCCCCCGAAGGGGGGAGGUGGACAGCGAAACCGGCAUUCCAAGUGGCGUAUGGCUUGUUCCUUCUGCAGAUCCUGCCGUUGAAGGGUGUCACCAUCGACGUGGGCCAUGAACGGCUCCGGGCUACGACAGCAGCUGGGCAGCGCGGGCGCCGUCGAGGUGGGACAGGGUUGCCCGACGCCCAGGUUUUCGCGUUUGGACAGUGGCCAUGUGUCGAAGCCGUCGCUACAAAAACUUGUGUUUGUGGUCUUAGGAGCAAGUGUUCACCUAGCUUCAUGUGUUGUUCCAGUCUCUAGGGACCUAAGGAGAAUCAUGUUGAACUGCGGUCCUUGUCAGCGGGGACUCGCGGACAGUACAUGCGUUUUCGAGGAAGUUGAAGCCGGAGCAUGGGCACAGACGUCAAUUGAUCAUUGCACCAUUGGAAGCUCCGUCUACCGGUAGCAUGGUCUCUACCAGUAGAGGAGCUAAGUAGCUGCAAAGAGAUCUGAUGAGCCAUCUCUACCGGAUCUAAUACAGCUAAGUCACAUUUUUGAGGCUUUGCUGGCUCUACCGGUAGCAUGGCUCGAGGGGUCAAUGCGACUUCAGCCCAAUUCGAGGAGGACAACUUGUGGUUGGGAAUGAACCCUAAUCUGGGCUUGCUAAAGAAGUCCCUUCUGGAGACAAUUCUUCCUUGGUUCCUGAAUCCAAUUCAAGCUAGUCCACCCAGUUUUCUGCGGCAAGAACCUUGUCCAACGCGAGGACUGCUACUCAGUUAUAUACAAUAUACAAUUAGCAGUGCAUGUUGUCGAGCAGUCUGAGAAGCACAAAGAUGCAGACAUGGGUCUCAUUUGCUCUUAUUCUUCUACAGUAUAAGAAUGGAUCUACUAUAUAGAUAACGGCAACAUAAUAAUGUAUAUAGGUGUGGGAACUGAGGGAUGAGACUGGGGAUUCAGUUUUGUGUAGUUUUUGGGGGAACUCAUGAGAACCUACCCUAGUGAAGGGUUAGGUGGAUAUAGACAUAGAGUGUGACUAACUUAUACUACAACUGCAUCCUAGACUUAACGUACCACAAACCAAUGAGGUUUAUGCAGCUGCACCAAAGACCCAGCAGUCCUUCAUAGAUUACUGUAAUUCGCAAGUCCCUUUAAAGGCUGUUCACAAGCCAUCCCAACCACCACCCACCCACCACCUGCCCACUACCACCCACCAAGACCGUCUGGCCUCAACCCCAUCCCAUCGUCCUCACGCUCAGGUGUCCAUGCACUUGACCUUGGCCGAAGCCGAAGCUCUGCGGAACACCUUUUCGAACGUGCUCAGUCUUGGAGCUUGGUCUCAACGCCAUGGUUUGCAUCAUCGCUCCGCGGCUUGUCGACCUCGCCCAAAGCUGGCGACGAGUGGAGUCGAGCGCUGCUUCCGAUGGGGUUCACAGAGACGAAAAAAGGCAGCGGCCGCGUGUCUCAAAA